CAGUUCUUUCUGCCAUCUUGAUUAAAUGCCUUCCUCAACCACUGGUCUCAUAUCAUUCUCUAGGCGACAGAAGUGUUUCAUGCUGACGGCUGACUCAGUGGACCCUUCACUUUGCCACAGACCAGCUUACCACCCCCCAUAAGACAAAUGGAGGACAGCUACGUUAUUGCAAAUAUAAGAGUAAAUCCAAACACCCCAGAAUGGGAGACUAACAUCAUAGCAGGAAAUGGAAGAAACGACACUGAAACUUCAUUUUGUAACAUCAUAUCCCAUACUAUGAUUUGGCUUUCCCUCAUCAUUGGGCUCAUUGGACUGAUUGGAAACGCCACAGUGCUGUGGUUUCUGGGCUUUCAUAUGCAGAGGAAUGUCUUCUCUGUCUAUAUGCUCAACCUGGCUGGUGCUGACUUUCUCUUCAUGUGUUUUCAAAUUGCACGUUGUAUUCAUAUAAUCAUGGACACUUUCUACUCCAAUAUCAUCAGCACUCCUCUGUUUUAUUUUGUUGUGCUAAAUUUUGCUUAUCUUUGUGGCCUGAGCAUGGUUAGUGCCAUCAGCAUUGAACGCUGCCUCUCUGCCAUAUGGCCCAUCUGGUAUCGCUGCCAACGCCCCAGAUACACAUCAGCUGCCGUAUGUACCCUGCUUUGGGUCUUAUCCCUGUUGUUGAGCCUUCUGGAAGGGAAGGAGUGUGGUCUCAUAUUUGAUACACUUGGCCCUGGUUGGUGUCAGUCAUUUGAUUUCAUCACUGCUGCAUGGUUAAUUAUUUUAUUUUUAGUUCUCUUGGGGUCCAGUCUGACCUUAGUGCUUACUAUCUUCUGUGGCUCACACAGGAUUCCUGUGACCAAGCUAUAUAUGACCAUCAUGUGUACAGUGCUGGUCUUCCUGCUCUUUGGUCUUCCCUAUGGCAUCUACUGGUUCCUCUUUUCAUGGAUUGAGGGUUUUGAUAACCUUGUGUCUUGCUAUUUUUAUUCAAUAACAAUAUUUCUGUCCUGUUUCAACAGCUGUGCCAAUCCUAUCACUUAUUUCCUUGUUGGCUGUAUUAGGCAUCGUAGGUUCCGGAGGAGCACUCUAAAGCUACUCCUGCAGAGAGCCUUGCAGGACACCACUGAAGGAGAAGAAUGUGGAGAGGGGGCUUCUUCAGGAAGACCUAGAGAAAUGAAAACAGUUGGACAGCGACUCAGAGCUGCUUUGAUCAGGCUGAAGUAGCUUUGAGAAAUAACUUUGUCCUUAUUCGUUUGUGGAAAUUCUCAUAACCUUGUUUGGUAAAAGCGGAUCAAUUCUGAACUUGUCAUACAAAUACAGACUGUAGCAUUUCUGUAGCUGUCUCACUCAGAGCUUCAUCAUCUCCUUUUGGUGGGACUCAUUGGACUUCUGGUGUUCAUGGGAGCUGUUGACUGCUAUGACAACUCACUCCUUCAGCAGAAGGGUUAAGAAAGUCCUGUAAAGAGCUCCAUUUCUUUGGUUACUGAACAUGAUAGUGGUUAAAACCAUGUGACAUUUUGUAAAUAUUUCCUUUUUUAAAACAACCUUUCUCUUAAAGUAUGAAGUGUUAAAUAAAUAUAUCUUAUAAUCCAA